AUGAUUCUGAAUCCGCAUUAUAAAGAUAGACUAAUCAUCACUAGAGAAAAGAAGGAGGACAUUUUGGAAAGGCUAAGAAGCAAAGCGUUUCUAGAAUCUUUUUCAGCUCUGGAUAGUAGUUCAAAGAUUCCUACUACGUCACCUUAUCGACGGGCACCGAUAGAUGAGUCCAAAUUGCAAAAGCUGCUUGACGAAGCCCUAGGAACUGCUGAAGAAGAGCGCCCAGAUGCCGAUCGUGAGCUAGCGAAUUAUAUAGCCGAGAAAGUGGUUCCAAGAAAUAUUGCAGCAUUAAAAUGGUGGAGCAAAAAUCAUCACCGGUUUCCAGUGCUAGCACUCAUAGCUCGGCAAUACUUAAAUGUUCCAGCCUCACAAACAAGUAGCGAGCGUCUGUUUUCAAUCGCUGGAAACAUCGUUACUUCCGAUAGGGCACGACUACUGUCCAGUAAUGUUGAACAAAUUGCAUUUCUUAAUAAAAAUGCAGUAUAA